CCAGUGCAGUAUGUUUUCCUGCUGAACUAAAUGGAAAUGUUCAGUGUAAACACUACAACACAGAGAGAACGUGUCUGGCAGUGUACUUGUCUCACCCUGGUCAUCUUAUUGUGUCCACUCCCAAUGUCCAGUGGGACCCUGAUAAAUGGCAGGUUACUGGGAGGCAUACUGGACGACAUAGCUGACAAUGGACUGGGAGUGUCAGAUGUGCAGGCAGAGUAUGAUGCUCUAGAGUACACAAACAGUCCUUUAGAUGGAGCUGGCAUCUCUAAACAGCUUGCAAAUUCAAUUAGUGCCCAGAUCCAAGGAGCCGAAGCAGCAUUGAAGGGCCUGGUAAAUGUAAUAGAAGAGCAGUACUCGUCUUUCUCUGGGGAGAACCAAUAUACACAGUGUUGUGAGGUUACAAAUACCAAUGAUGACCCUAGAUAUAAAUCAGAGGUAAACUUUGACAAGGCCUGUGUGGCAGAAGCAGGCCAGAGUUCAGUCAAUAAAAAAUUCCCUACGGCAAGGAUUGUUGAAGUGAUGAAGGAAAACGUCCGCAUCAAUCCAAAUCUGAAGUGGCAGUACUUUGGAGGAGAAGAUGGUAUACUUCUUAAUUAUCCUGCAGUGAAACCCACAGGUGUGCCUGACUGUGAUAGUUAUGAUCCUAGGUUCAGGUCUUUCUAUGCAUCUGCAGUGUCUCCCGUGCCAAAAGAUGUUGUGUUGGUCCUGGAUACAUCAGACUCAAUGAGAACUUUGCACAAUGGCAAGACCUUGAUGGAGUUAGCUAAGCAGGCUGCAAGAACUGUUCUUGAUUCCCUGGGUCCCAACGAUCAGAUUGGUCUGGUGUCAUUGGCCUCCUCUGCCUCUACCCCAGUGCUGGCAGAGAGCACCUGUUAUACCACCACUUUAGCUGCAGCCACGCCGUCAAACAUUCAAAACUUGAAGAAAUACUUGGACAGUCUCAGGGCCAUGGGAGGAAGAAAUUAUGAAGCUGGGCUGAAAAAGGCUUUUUCUUUCUUCAGAAGUUCAAAUGGAACUGUUAGAGAUCAGGUGGUACUAUUUCUGGCAGCAGGUGGCAGCAGUGAAGGCAGUGAUCCAGUCAGCACUAUAAGGGAUGAAAAUGCUGCUCUGGAGGAGAAAGUUUUAGUCCUCACAUUUGGUCUGGGAAAAUCUGUCACUGGUAGUGUGCAGACGACACUUCAAAAUAUGGCCGCCCAGACGCAAAGCAGGAUGUCUGCUGGAGAAGUCAAGAUGGGGACGUUCACCAAAGUAGAGAACCCAGAUGAUCUCUCUGUUGCUAUGGCAACAUACUAUAAAUUCUUCCUCUCUCCCAGUCAGGGUGUCAGUAAUCCAGAGAUCUCUGCCCCACAUAGGGAUAUAUUGGAUAAAGGUCUCAUCACCUCCAUCUGCUUGCCUGCAUACCACAGUGGCCGACUGAUUGGUGUAGCUUGCUCUGAUGUUGCCAUGAGUGAACUCCUCUCUGAAGCCACCUACUUUGACAAGGGUGAACUGAGCUAUGCCUUUGUUAUCAAUGGCUAUGGCAGGACAUAUUCCCACCCUCUGCUGCCAAGACCCUAUGAUGACCCAGAUGAUCCCAUCUUUGUGGAUAUUCAUCAUUUGGAGAGGGCACCUGCUGCGAAAUCAGUGAUUAGCUCCAUGAUCAGGGGUGAGGAGGGUAACAGCAGCUUUGUUUCCACCAGAACACAGGCCAGAGGAGAUGUGUUCAGAGAAGGUGUCAGCAUAACAAAUGUCAUGUCACAUUACUACUGGGCACCAGUUGCAGGCAGUACCUGGUCUGUGUGUGUGGUGAUAUCAGAUGGUAGCAAGAAUACAGAAAUCUCCCCUCCUACUGUGCUGCCAUCUAUAUUUAGGUACCACAGACUUGACCUGAAGUCGGCUUCCAUCCCAUGCAAGCACUUCUUUAAGUAUGCAACCAAAGACACUACGUCAGUGAUGCUCACCCCAGGGGCCUUCAGGCAGCCAUAUCACUAUCUGAACACUGAGGAAACAGCCACCAAUGUCACACAAUAUGAGAGAUAUCUCACAGGACAGAGCUCACAAAAUCCUGGCUUCAAGAACUCAGUCCUGGGCAGUGUGGCAGCCACUUACAAAGCAGAAGUCAUCUGGAGGAAGAAACAUGCGGACUACAUAACCUGGAGGUCUAUAGGCACCAUGGACGGUGUAGUCAGAGUAUUCCCUGGGACACAGCUGGCUAAGAGUUAUGACCACACCAGGACUGAUUGGUUCCAGAGGAGCUUGGUGGACAAAGGUAAAAAUGUGGUGUCUGCACCGUAUUUGGAUCCUUGGGGUUCUGGCUAUAUGAUAACACUGAGCAGGACUUUAUAUGAGGCAAAAGCUGACAGGCAACACACUCCCAGUGACAAUAUAGUGGCUGUGAUGAAGGCAGAUUUCACACUGUAUUACCUCUACCAGGCCAUACAGGACAACUACACAUAUUGCAGCCUGUCUUCCUACAGGUGCUUUGUGAUAGACAGCAGUGGAUACUUGGUCGUCCAUGAUAGUUUUGUAGAAGUGUCUGACAGUCCAAAUAUUGAGAAGGUCCACAUUUUCAGUAAGGAACCAGCUAUAGGCAGAGAUCUGGUAGCAAAGGGGGUGUUAGUGAGAGAGAGCUGCAUAGAGUAUAAGAAAGAGAGGGAACACUUCUAUUGGAAGGUUAUAGCAGUACCUGGCAGUGGAAUUGACAACAUGGCCGUUGGUCUGCAGUAUGAGCUCCACUCAGUGUCCAACAGUAACGUUUACCUGGUGAUCACAAGACGGAAGCUGAACACCACACCCUGUAAAUGUACUAGUGACUCACCGUCCUAUGAUUCCCAGUGUGGAGCAUUAGCCAGGGAGUGCGAAUGCCCGUGCUAUAAGAACUCCAGUGACUACAACAGCUGUAGACUAGAGUUUUCUACACCAGAAAAUAUGACUGUGCCCUGCCCUCAGGCUCUCCCCAAUAUCCCCCAUUUGGUCCACGGAGAGUCGUCACGCAUUAAGUCCCUCUCGAACUGCAAAGCUUUAAGUUGUCACCUAAAUAGCACACAGCGAGGCUGUUUUUCUGUGGUGGGAUGCAGCUGGUGUAGACAGAGUAAAAGUGGCAAAGAGUUGAAUGCAUAUUAUUGUGCCAAGCAACUUGACUGUUACUUUGGGAGAGUGGGACAGAAGUGCCCUUAUGACACCUGUGGAAGUUCAAAUGUGGAUAAUGGUGGUGAUGAUCUUAACGAAGUUGGAUUGAUGAUCGGCUUUGCAGUAUUUGGUGUAGUAUUUCUGUAUAUCAUAUCCAAAAAGUUCCGAGAGAAGGUGCACAGAUGUAGAAAUAAUGUGCUGGAACAUAGAUGUCGCCUCCCCCGCUGCAACUGCCCGAAACCGCAGAUUCCGUCUAUUUUCCAAGAUUGUUGUCAAAAGUCCACAAAUGCUGACGAAGCUCCCUCAUCUUCAAACACACAAGUUUCCACCAUUUCAAACAACAUGGUGAGUUCCUCUGACAGCGAUAGUGAUGCAGUGUCUCAGGUAGUCAAUAAUGACCCUGACCCUCCUCCCCCUGUUACAGUGACGUUUGCUAAUUCCGUGUUUGAUUCCGAGCCCCCUCCCCCCACAGCCCCUCCCCCUGCUUAUGAAGAUGUUGUACCUGUUGCAUAUGAGGAUGUUGCUCCUGCCCCACCUCCAAGCUAUGAUAGGAUUAUGAUGUAUAUGGUGAGAAACAAUGACACUGAUUCACAGACGUAGGCAAAGACAUGAGCUUUUUCCACAGAAAUGCGAAAUUCCUUUUUUUUUUUUAAAUUCAAUUCUGAUGGUCCCUGAGAUUCAUCAAGAUCUGCAAUUCUAUAAUAAA